AUGUCAAGUGUUUCUUGGGACGGGGAACUUGUUCUAGAUGGGGAGUGUGGGGCCUAUCAGAGCUCAGACAUAACUGUGUGUGGAACGUGUGGCGUGACUGAGUCACAGAGCAUAGAAUUCGAACCAACUCUGGAUGGUGCGAGCAGUCCUUCCCUUGUAAUCCGGCCUUGGUAUAGGAUGGGACAAGACUGCGAUCUUGAGUUCAAUCAGUUCUUUUCGUGCUAUGACCAAAUUUCCGCGAUUGAGUUUUCAGAUCAAGAUUCAACAAUCACCUCCACAUCUUGCAUCGGAGACUCUCGCCUUCACCUACGAGCUUGCUCCCCCGAGAACACCAGCUCUGAUACAACCACCAUGACCAGCCAUACUUUGAGCGAUGUGGAGGCAGGUCAAGACUCAGACCAAGUCCUUGCAAGCAUCCAUUUUGACUCCCCCACACCCGAGGCUACAGCUGGUUCAAGACCAGCAACUGCUAGACAAGGCCAGCAAAGGUGGAUGAAGAAAACUAAGAUACUUCAAGAGCAGCGCGACCAGCUCCUCGAGUCCCACAACAUGCGCGACACACUGGACGACCAGCUCUCCCAAUGCAUCCAAAAGCGAUGCAAGAACCAGAAGAAGGCUCUCCUCAUGUACCUCCACAUCGCCGCUGUCACGGGCGUCGUGCAGCCCCUCCCCUUCAGGGAGCCCAGCAGCGCAGACACGUUCUUCGGGUGGAUGGGCUUCAAGGUCAACGAGGACAUGACGGAGGAGUUUGCUCGAGGCAUCGAAGAGCUGUUUCAGGCAGACGACGCUCCUGCCCGUGUCAAAUUUGCGAUCAACACUAUGCACAACAUGUUCCGACGCGCUCAGCUGAUACCGGAGGAAGAAGGCGGCUGGAGGGAGGCUUUCUUGGGGAGGAUGCACUUUAUCUUCGAUGUGUGA